CGGCAGCAAGGCUGAGAGACAGGACGGCGUUCAGCACCGCGGACAGCGCCGGCUGACUAUUGACUACUGGCAGUGCAUCACAGUCUGGUCUUCAGGAACAACUCAUCCAAGCGAGGUAAAACCUCUGUGAACCAGUAACACUACGGUGACAGCUUUGAAGAAGGACAUUCAUGACUACUGAAUUACUACAAUGGGAUUUCAUAUUAGCUCCAUGUCCGGAACGGAGCUGAAAAACACCAGAUUUCAUCCAGGGGCAGACGAGGAAAGACAAUACCGAACAGCCCCCAAUUACAACUACAAAUGGACUGAUCUACACUGUGAAGCAAGCCGAGGGAACAUUGAAAGGCUACAGGCCUUGCUAUGUGUUGCAGGUGAGGAUCAGAUCAACAAGAAGGAUUACUAUGGCAAGAGCCCCCUCUACUGGGCUGCCUACAAAGGGCAGCGAGCUUGCAUCGAGUUACUGCUGGAAUACGGUGCAGAUGCCAACAGCCAGUGUAAACACGGGGCCACUCCACUCCAUGCAGUGAUCGGGCUAUUUCCUGACUGUGCUCUGCUGCUCAUACAGAAUGGAGCAGAUGUAGACCUUCCUGACAACUGGGGGGUGACCCCCAUGUACCUGGCUGCCUGCAGUGGACAACUUGACUGUUUGCGACUGCUGGUCCUCUCCGGAGCAAAAAUCACAUACAGGAACAAGAACACUGGGGAGGCCCCCAAGCAGUUGGCUUCCAUGACCAACUUCCUGUCCUGGAUCGAUGGAUAUCGGAGGAACCCGCCAUCAUUGAAGCAAACAUGCAGGCUGAAAAUCCGCGAGUUUGUCAGCUAUCGGCGACUACAGGCCAUCAGGACAUUUCACAUCCCCCAGUCUCUGAAAAAGUACCUUAUGUUCAAGGACCUUACAUUGGAAGAUUCUGCUUCAGCAGUUGGUUUGUUGUAACCAUGUUUACACCCCAUGUUUACUUUUCCAUUACCUUACCAUUAGGACACCCUGGCAUUUGAAAGUGCCUGGACACUGCCCCUGCACCUCAUCACUAGUGAGAUUCCAUGUUAAAGCACAACUGAGAAUACCCUGGCUCAUUCACCUGAUGGAAUUUCAGUUUUAUGAAGCAAUUGUUCGUUUAAAAAAUUAGCUGAUUUAGGAGGACGCCAAGCACAAGUAGGGGUUCUUUGGGAUGUGGAGUUUGGGAAUUCUGCAAUGGAAGUAAACACUGCAACUCAAUAUGAAGCAAAGAGUUUCAGCAACUGGAAGUGAGACUGACAGUAGUACAUUGUGUUACUUCCUGUUGGUGCAGACACCUCUUUGCUUGCAACAGAUAACGUCACCGCUCCCUGUUCAGAAGCAAGAUAUGUCACCAUAGUUCCCACAUGAAUCUGCUUCUGCUAUUAUCUUGAGUACUUUAUUAAAGUCCACCCUCAUUAUUACGGACCUCUUUAUAACCGAUUUUGGUUAUAACCGACGGAGUGCCCCACGAUAACCAGACACCACGGUCUCUCUGAGAAUACAUGCUGCUAGUUACACUGCAGGAAGUCAUUGAAGUGGACAAGCAAUUGCUUCGAUCGAUCGACACCUGUACAAUGAUACUCUAUUAAACGAUGCAACAAACAGCCUUUAUAGUAUUUGUAGGAAGAACCUACAGAUGCUGGUUUAAACUGAAGACCGACACGGGGUAAUGCUGAGGCUCUAUAAGGUG